AUGGCGAAGAUACCAAGGGCUCUUGGUUUGCUCCUGGCUAUUUCAUUCGCGCAGGCUCAAAACAUUCAUCUCGGUCACAGAACCCUUCAAAAAUACACCAUUGACGAUAUAGUGCCUACCCGUGACCAGGCCUCUGGACACAUCAAGUGCUGCCCUGCCGGCACCGAAUUUGACGGUCAGGGCUGUGUUCUUGGCGUUCCCAUCUGCCCCGAUGGUAGCACCCGCGAUGGGGACAAGUGUGUCUACCAUACGAAGCCCACCUGCGAUACCGGAUACGAGUACAAGAAUGGCUUUUGCAUCACCAUCAACCCUCCUACCUGUCCUCCCGGUACCAUUCUGAAGGGCACUCACUGUGCCCUCGAGGGGACUGCAAACUGCGAGGCUGGAUAUAUUCUCCAAGGCAACGUCUGUGUUUCACAAAAGCCCCCUCUCUGUCCCAAUGGCGAGCAUUUCAAUGGGAAAUCGUGCGCGUCUCUGGAAGGGCCAAAGUGCCCGGAUGGAGCUAAGCUCGAAAAUGGCCUAUGCAUUGACAACAAGGCUCCCAUCUGCCCCAAAGGAGUCGCUUUCGACAAUGCUAGCUCCAGGUGCAUUUCGGAACAAGUGCCCACCUGUCCUCCGAAUACAAUUCUUCAGAACAAGCAAUGCAUUUUGGAGAGUGGCCCCAUGUGUAAUGGCGGCGGUGCUUUUAAUCCGAAGACUCAGUCCUGCGAUAUCGUUGAAACCCCACAAUGUCCUCCUGGAACCGAACUGGACGACAAGAAAUGUGUCUAUGUUGGCGAGCCACAGUGCCAGCCGGGUACAAACUUUUCGAUUGACAAGGCGCAAGGUACCUCCCGUUGUUGUCCCUCGGCCAUGGCAUGGGAUGGGAACGUCUGCGUCACAAAAGCAAUCGAUGGCAAGUGCCCUGACGGCAGUGCACCAAUCAACAACCGCUGUGAGAAGUAUUCCAACCCUCAACCACUUUGUCCCGAAAACUACAAGCUCGAGAACACUCGCUGUGUUUGGCAACAACCGCCUGUAUGUCUGGGUGAUUCCUACCUUGAGGGUGGCAAGUGCACCAUGGUCAGGAAGCCAGAGUGUCCUAAGGAUAUGCUCUUGGUUGGUGCCGACUGUGUCCUCCAGGGGCCUCCUUCCUGUCCUUCCAACACCAAGAUGGAGGGCAGCAAGUGCGUCACGUAUGUGCAGCCCACCUGUGAUGAAGGUGCCAAUUGGGAUGGUAAGCGUUGUAUUGUCACCGGUCGCGGACAUUGUGAGGAGGGCAUUCAUCAGGGAGAUGACUGCGUUACUGGAACUCAGCCUCAAUGCAAGAAUGGCGCAGCAUUCGACGGUUCGAGAUGUGUGUCGUCACUUGUUCCCCAGUGCCCUCAAGGAUCUAUUCUCAGUGAUGGGUUGUGUCUUACCGGCGGUGUGCCUCAAUGUCCCCCUAACACCAAGCUCCAGGACGGACUCUGUGUGUACGGUGCUCCUGGCUGUGCUACUGGUCAGGUCUUUGCCAACGGGCGUUGUGAAAGCGUCGAAACUCCCCAGUGCCCCAUCAAUUUCUUCUGGAAGGGAGGCAAGUGCGUGCGCGUUGCCGAAGAGCAUUGCGAGUCUGGUUACGUCCUCAAAGAUGGACAAUGUAUCUCGGGCGCAAAACCCGACUGUGGAAACCUGUCUUUCAACGGCAAGGCUUGCGUCAGUGAGAAGCCUCGUUGCCCCGAAGGAACCUACCUCGAAGGAGAGAGCUGCGUGUCUGUUGCCGAUCCUCAGUGUCCGCAAGGUUUCAAGUUUGACGGCAAAAAGUGUAGCGCUGAGAAAUCACCCCAAUGUCCUCCUGGAACAGUCCACAACAAGUCUAGCCAGGACUGUGUCUCAAGCUCUAAGCCCAGAUGCCCUGAUGGUCAGGUGUUCAAUGGCAAGUUCUGUGCUAUUUCCACCGGUGCUUGCAUGGACUUCCAGUUCUGUCCCACUGAAUCAUACGGAAAGGGAUGUCAAUUCACUUCCCAUGGAGUUGUUUGCAAUGGAAGUCAGGACGAACAACGAAGCAACUUCCCUGUGGAUCAGGUUCCUGUCAAUAUUGAGCCAUUGAAAGGUAGCGCUUUAAACCAGAAAAACAGCCAACAGUACACUGGAAAUCAGGGCCAGGGCCAGGGCAGCGGCGGCUGGCGCGAGCAAAUCCCUAAUAGUCAGCAGUACACUGGAAACCAGGGUCAAGGCAGUGGGGGCUGGCGCGAGCAAAUUCCUAAUGGUCAGCAGUACACUGGAAACCAGGGUCAAGGCAGUGGGGGCUGGCGCGAGCAAAUUCCUAAUGGUCAGCAGUACGCUGGAAAUCAGGGCCAGGGUAGUGGUGGCUGGCGUGAGCAAAUUCCCAAUGGCCAACGGUGA